GUUUUAAUUUAAAACUAUCAAAACACUUAAAAUUUUAUUUAAUAAGAUCUUGUUUGAUUCUUAAUUUAAGUGUUUUUAAAUACACUGCAACUUUUUACAAUGUCUGCAGUUCAAAAAUUCGAAGUUUUAUUUAUUUUGGGCGGUCCAGGUGCGGGUAAAGGUACUUUAUGCAGGUACAUUAAUCAAGAAUAUGGUUAUGCACAUUUAUCUGCUGGGGACCUAUUAAGAGAGGAACGCAAGAAGCCAAAUUCAAAGUACGCAGAACUUAUUGAAGAUUAUAUUAGAAAUGGAAAAAUUGUGCCUGUUGCAAUUACCUGCAACCUUCUGGACCUUGCAAUGCAAACGUCUGAUAGUUCCCAUAAAAGAUUUUUGAUUGAUGGUUUUCCACGAAACCAGGACAACAUUGAUGGUUGGGUUGAGGCUAUGGAUAAUAAGUGUGAAAUAAAAGGAGUAUUAUUUUGUGAAUGUAGUAAAGAACUAUGUACUCAACGAUGUUUGAAUCGUGGUGCAGCAGGAAGUGGAAGGUCUGAUGACAAUGAAAAAGCUUUAAACAAAAGACAUGAAACUUAUAUCAAAGAUACCAUACCUAUAAUUGAACAUUUUGAAAAGCAAGGGUUGGUGUACAAAGUAAAUAGUAUGCAAUCACCAGAAAAAGUAUUUGCAGAUUGUAAAGAAGUUUUAUCUAAAAUAGGUUGGUGAUAAAUUAGUGGCAAAUGUUAAUAAUUUUAGUGAGAUAAAAUUAUAUCCUAUUUGCAUUUAACAUUAUUUAAUUGUAGAAAAUAUAUAUCUUCUAUACCCUCCCC